ACACUAUGAUGAUUUCUGGGAAAUUAUUGGGAAUCAUGCGAAUUUAAUCUUCGCAAACAGUGAUGAGGCCAGAUCGCUCUGCAAUUUCGACGCAAAGGAAAGCUCUGCUUUGGUUACAAGGUAUCUGAGCCACUUUGUUCCGCUAGUAUCAGUAACUGACGGUCAUAGAGGCUCCUACAUCAGUCUAAUGGGUGAAGCCGUAUACAUUCCCCCGUUUCCAUGUGUUCCGGUAGAUACUUGUGCCGGAGAUGCAUAUGCGUGCGGCAUACUUUAUGGUGUUCUAAGAGGCAUAUCUGAUUUGAAAAGCAUAGGUUCAAUAGCAGCUAAGGUUGCAGCCACUGUUGUAGGUCAACAAGGAACAAGGCUUAGAGUCUCAGAUGCAGUGAAAUUGGCUGAAUCUUUCACAUUUCAUAGAUCUACUAUUGGAUCAGAUAUUGGCACUGAUCACAUUUCUAGUGUCUAAUCAGAUUGCACUUUGCUUUUGAUUAUGAAGAAGAAGAAGAAGAAGAAGAAGAAAAAUUCUUUGAUUUAGAUAUAUGUAAUUUCCUUUUGUUUAGCAUAUUUCAAAGUUAUGUACAUACUCUAGUUGUAAAAAUAGGCAUGCUUUCAAUGGAAUUACUUAGGCUUCAAUUAAGUCUUCCAUUCUCAGCAUAGUCAUUUCUGGUUCA